CUUGCCAAGGCUAGCUUGAGGAACCACUCCUAAACUCGAAGUUGGAAUCCAACGCAUGCGGUGUUCGUCGGGCAGACGAGUCUACAAUUGUUACACUGGACACCCUUCAAUGCGCCUGUGCGAGGUAUGAGCUUACAAUGCCCUUACAGGCAUGUCUCAUACGCAACAUGGCGCCUUCAAGUCUUUCAGACUUUAUACCUUUCCAGUUCCCUUGAACCGCAGCAGCCGCAAUGUACACUAGCGCCUCGCUCUGGAGUGUGGGCCAGGAAUGACCGUCGGCACCACAUCUCAUUCAAACCUUUCGGCGUCUCGCGAACAUCGGAAACCGACACCCCAUCUGUGCAGCAUGAGCCGGCAUCUGAAAAUGAAAAUGCGACCAAACCGCGAUCACGCAAAGCAUCCAGGCGUCGAGGGUCCUUCAACCCAUAUAGCGAUGAAGGACUACAGAGACUGAAGGAUUUGAUGCCGGAGCUGAAGGCUUUCACUGAAAAAGUAAAGUAUAAAGCGCAACCCGUUGGACCCGUACGGGAGGACGACACAGAGUCCAUCAUACCCGACUCACCCAUCCAGAAACAGGUGGAGAAGGCAGCAAGAAGACGCGGUAUACAGAAACAGCGAGCUACAUAUAAAGAACUGGGUCCAUUAAAAAACAAUCCGUUCGCAGAGAUGCUGGCAAGUCCUUUACGGUUCUGCAAUGGUAGUGGUGCGAGGCUACCGGCAGAUUUCAUGGUUGACUUUGACUACGUGAAGAGUCCGGUCGACGGCAAGACUUAUCUGUUACCUGAUAAGCUGGCCGACUUGGACACCCUUCAAGAGCAGAUGGCCCGUGAGCUAUACAAGGACGAUUGGAGGCGUGUUCGGGACGACAAACGAGCUGCUAGAGAAAGGCGAGAAAGGGAGAUGGAGACAACAAUCUCCCGCAACUCCUCGAACGAGGAUAAUAAUAGUGCGCUUGAGUUGUCUUGCACUGACCAGGACAAAUCACACGCACAUCCAUCACCGUCAGCCCCGGGACGAAAAUCAAAUGUGUUGCUUCGCAUAAUCAGUAACAUCAGCCUGUUCCGUCUUAUGACGCUCAACUUGACCAAAGGCCACAAGAACAAUCCGCAAAAACGAACCACAAGGAUUAACGAAGUUCAAAAGCUCAUUCCUUUCGAGUCUAAAGAGCCACUCAUGGCCGCCCAGCAUUACAUCCGCCAUAAAAGCGAGGUCAAUUCCGCCAUGGGUAUCUCAAACGACUCUGACCCUAAAGGGUUGAACGGCCUCCCGAUCAACCUGAAAGAGCUGCAGUGGCAAGCUGACAUACACGUCCGGCUGGCCCGGAUCAUGCGCAAACGCGUGUCGCUGUGUCUCACUGCCCUGGCAGAGUCAGAGUCACAGUCGUGCAGAACUGGCAGCGACGGCCAAACAUGUUUAGCAGCAGCAGUAAGCCGUCGAAUCGUACAACUACCUAUUCCUGCCGGCGGGAAAAUCAGGAGCGAGGAUAUCCGCGGAUUACUAUCUCCCACAUCCUCAAUUUCUGUCAUGCCAGAAAGUCCGAAGGGACCGGAGUCGACACCACCAACCAUUUCUGCUACCACGUCUUCUCCUUCUUCGCCCCAUAUAUCUCAACAACAACAACAACAACAACAACAACCAGCGAUAGCAAUGUCGGGUAAAGGAUUCCUGCUCGGUCACCAGACCAUUCCACCAGGGAGCAUCCUCUUACACAUCGGCGAAAGCGACACAUCUUCCCUGCUCAGCUCGAACUCGUCCCCAGCAGAUUCCCGAGCAGCAGACAACCAUACUACCACCCGCAAGACAAGAAACAAAACCAGGUCGUCUUUGCUUCCACCACUGCCGAUACUGCAGUCCAACCCGCUCAUUCCACCAAUGCUCACCGUCGACAAUGUCUAUCGCUUCCCCGUGUUUCCUUUGACGCAACUACUCCUUGGCGAUUCGUCUACAGGCACAGAGACAGACGAGGCUCUGCGUGCCCUCGGCAAUGCUUUACAUUAUCAUCGUUCCCCGGAAUCUAAACGAGAGAAGAAUAGUGGCACCGACUCCAACGACUACCUCGUUCUCGUACGCCCUGGCCCGGGUCCAGCAAGACACCUCGUCCGGGAAAUCUGGCAGUUAUGGCGGUAUCUCGAGGGUCAAUCCGUCCUCUCGCUCGAGACCGAUUGGAGUUUGGAAGGCGAACAGGAACAGGAACUUGGUGGAAAUCGAUCCAAACGAGGGGAAGAGGAGGACGAUGACGACGACGCAGACGAUGAUGAUGGUGGUGGUGGUGGCGCCUCGCGUUCUACUGGCAACUCGAAGACUCUAGGUAGCAGUGGUAAUGCGAAACAGCGGAAACGGUCGGGCUCGAGAUAGACGUGACUUUUACCUAGAAAUACUAGAGGUUGGGCAACCAACCUGGACCCGAAAAUAUAUACCAAGAUCUAAUCUCUUCGCUGCAGUGGGCAACUUGAACGCACGGUACCUGCAGUGGUAGCUAUGCACAGUUGUAUGGUUAAACUCAACUACCUCAUGUUCGUACUAACAGUGUCAUCUCGUUACAACCAAUAUUAUGUUGGAUGAGUGACCUUGGG